AUGGAUACCAUCUUGGUCUUCAGCCUAAUCAUUACAUCCUAUGAUGCCAACAAGAAAGAACUCAGAGAUAGCCAUUGUCAAGUGGAACAGCUCCCUGGGCUCUUCUCAACGGGUAUGAGAAGCACCAGGGAUGUGCUAAUGUCAGAAGCUCAAGCAGAAGACAACAGGUCCACCUUCGUCCAAAUUCUGACUGUGGCUACCCUGCAGUGCCUUGCCUCUGGGAGCAAAGUAAAAGUCAGCCUUGAAUAUUCAGAGAAAAGGCCAAAGGUCAAGCAUACUCUAAAGAACCUGCGAGUUAUUGCUGCUCCCCAUAGAAACAGCACUGCUUUCCCAAGCUGUCACCUAACCCCCACAUCCAACUUUCAGAAUGGAUCUCUUCUAACAGGCAAAGCUUUUUUACCAGGGAUCUUCCAAUGUAAGGUCUACCCAGCAAUGAGGACUUCAUUAGAGGCUUUUUCCACCACUACCACCUCCAUAACUCCAGGGAAUAACGAAGGAGAGAAAACUACAAGUAUUGACACAGAUGAAAAUCUAGAGAAGAGGCAGAAAUGGAGCAUUGUGGUCAAAUUUCUGAUUGCUGGCACUCUGUUGUUCAGUGGAAUCGCUAUUACAGUGUUUGUCAUUUUUGAAGUUCCAUGUCCUUGUCAAUGCCUAAGAACCAGAGAACUAUGCCAAUGCCGGCGAUUGUGGGGAAGGCAAAGGAAGGAAGGCCAACAACCUGAGGCAGCUGAACGCCAGCCUCACUCUCAGCCAGAGAAGGUUGGACAAAAUGCUCCCAACUCAAACUCAACGAAAGCUGCCGGGAUCACUGUUAUCCACCAGACAUACUUCUGAGAAGUUCUGCUCUGUCUCACACACUGCAUGAUGGAUGCU